UCUGUGCUCUCUGCUUCAGACGUCCAAAUCUUCUGCAGCGAAAGCUGGAGGACGAACCGAAGUGACGUUAGCGUGGUGGAUGUCGUUUCCCUCUGUGGCCUCGGUCAAGCAGGGAAAUUGCUUUGUGCAGCUGCAUCGGAGAGAGCGGGAACCCGCGCGAUAGAAUGAGCGACAGGCACACCGCGACAGACAACAUUAUAGCCGUUCAGAAGAGUGCAGUCCUAGGAAAGGCAAGGAUACUGCGCAGAACCCUCAAGCUCCCUGGCCUCUGGUAGAGGACCCGAGCUUGGGAAGCGGACGAAACCAUGAGAAGAAGUAGGAUGUGAUGGCUAAUCCUUCUCCAGCAAAGAGCAUGGGUGACCCAGGAAUCACCCCACUGUCUCCCUCACACAUUCAGCAUACCAACACAGAACAGGUACAGUCAGAGCCUCUGUUUGAGGUGGUGGUGGCCAUCGACUUUGGCACCACAUCCAGUGGUUACGCUUACGCCUUCAUUAAAGAACCAGAGUGUAUUCACACCAUGAGGCGUUGGGAAGGUGGGGACCCUGGUGUAUCCAAUCAGAAGACUCCAACAACAAUCCUGCUUACACCAGACAGGAAGUUUCACAGUUUUGGAUAUGCAGCUCGUGACUUCUACCAUGAUUUAGAUCCCAGCGAGUCUAAGCACUGGCUCUACCUGGAAAAAUUCAAAAUGAAGCUGCACACAACUGCAAAUUUGUCCAUCGACACAGACCUUCAUGCAGCCAAUGGGAAGCGAGUAAAAGCUCUGGAUAUCUUUGCCUAUGCACUGGCCUUCUUUAAGGAGCAGGCAUUGAAGGAGCUGAGUGAUCAGACAGGUGGCGAGUUCGACAACAAUAACGUGAGAUGGGUGAUCACAGUUCCUGCCAUCUGGAAAAUGCCUGCAAAACAGUUCAUGAGGGAAGCUGCCUAUAAAUCUGGUCUUGUAUCUCGUGAAAAUCCAGAGCAGCUGAUUAUCGCCUUAGAACCUGAAGCUGCAUCUAUUUAUUGCCGCAAGCUCCGCCUCCACCAGAUGGUGGACCUUGGAACCCAGGCCACCCAUAAUGGUCUCAGUCCCACCGAAAAUGUGGGGAGUGGAAUGGCACAAGCUAAGGAACAUGUUCGGCGCAACAGGCAGAGCCGCACCUUUUUGGUGGAAAAUGUCAUAGGGGAGCUCUGGUCGGAGUUGGAGGAAGGUGACCGUUACGUAGUGGUGGACUGUGGCGGAGGAACUGUUGACUUGACUGUACAUCAGAUCCGUCUUCCGGAGGGGCACCUAAAAGAGCUCUACAAGGCAUCAGGGGGGCCCUAUGGCUCUAUCGGCAUUGACUAUGAAUUUGAGAAGCUUCUGUGUAAGAUCUUUGGCCAGGAUUUCAUUGAUCAAUUCAAAGUCAAGAGGCCAGCUGCCUGGGUGGAUCUGAUGAUUGCAUUUGAGUCUCGGAAGAGAGCAGCAGCCCCAGAAAGAACCAAUCCCCUUAAUAUUAACCUGCCCUUCUCCUUUAUCGACUACUACAAGAAGUUCAGGGGCCAUAGUGUUGAACAUGCCCUUCGCAAAAGCAAUGUGGACUUUGUUAAAUGGUCAUCUCAGGGAAUGCUAAGGAUGAAUCCAGAUGCUAUGAAUACCCUCUUCAAGCCCACCAUUGACCACAUCAUCCAACAUCUAUUUGAGCUCUUUGAGAAGCCGGAGGUGAGCAACAUUAAGUUCCUGUUCUUGGUGGGAGGAUUUGCUGAGUCAUCACUGCUGCAGCAAGCUGUCCAAAACAUGCUCCAAGGUCGGAGCCGCAUUAUCAUACCCCACGAUGUUGGCCUCACCAUCCUGAAGGGCGCUGUACUGUUUGGCCUGGAUCCCAGUAUCAUUAAAGUCCGUCGCUCACCUCUAACAUAUGGUGUGGGUGUUCUCAAUCGCUUUGUUGAGGGUAAGCAUCCCACAGAAAAGCUGCUGGUGAAGGAUGGUACACGCUGGUGCACCGAUGUGUUUGACACCUUUAUUGCUGCUGACCAGUCUGUGGCGCUUGGUGAGAUGGUAAAACGCAGUUAUACGCCAGCUAAACCUUCGCAGCAGGUUAUUGUGAUUCAUGUCUACUGUUCGGAAAGGGAGAGUGUGAGCUUCAUUAGCGAGCCUGGCGUCAGGAAGUGUGGAACGCUCCGUUUAGAUGUGAGUGGAACAGAAAGCAGGGCGACACGGCGUGAGAUACAAACCUUCAUGCAGUUUGGUGACACUGAGAUUCGGGCUAUGGCUGUGGAUGUGUCCACAGGCCGCACUGUAAAAGCUAGUAUUGAUUUCCUGAGCCAUUAAGUAAGCCAUGAGCUAAUGUUACGCUCUAAAGGCCAUGAAUAGUUUAUGACACUGAUUUCUCAUUUGGUCCUAGUCCAACUAAGAGCAGCAGUUAGAUGGAUUCAGCACUGGUCCUCAGGUGUCAUAUCAGAGAUCUCACCUGAUCAUGGUAAUGCAGCGCAUCCACAAAGUCUUCCACAUUCUGUUGUUGCAGCCUUAAUCCAAAAUAUAUUCAAUUCAAUUAUUUUCUUCUAAAUUAUUUUUUGAUUAUUAAAAUAAAAAAAAAACUUCUUUUAAUUGACACCGACAUAAGUAUUCACAGCCUGAGCUCUGGUGCGUCCUUGAGAUGUUUAUGCAACUUGACUGGAGUUUUGUUCACUGACAUACACUGUUACAGUAGCUGUAUGCCUUUGAAAAGCAUGUUCAGUCCGCUAAACUUUCCACAGGUGGGCUCCAAUCAACUUGAUGCUAAGCCUCAGGGAUGCUCCAGUCAGGGUCAUGGCAAAGGUCUGAACACUUAUGCAGAUGUGAUUUUUUUGCAGAUUCCUUAACGUUGUCAUUAUGAGCGAUUGCUUGCAGCAUGAUGUUGAGUGAACACCUUCUAGGUGCAUUGUAACCGUUUAUUGGAUAAAGAAGAUCAGUACACUGUAUAUUACAAAUGUGAUUGAUUUUCUAUUUAUCACGCUUUAAAAAAAUUGAAAGACCCACUUUCUUCUCAUGUACCAAGCAUCAGACAUGAACAGAAGAAACACAUUUAUCAUCAUAUAGAAUUACAAGCAGUACAAAAGAAGUUGCAUCUCGUUAUUGUACGGACAUUGUAUGGUCACUGCACCCAUGUAUGUGCCUCUGCUAAUUGACUGCUAUAUUACAGGUGAUGUGCAGGCACCUAUUUUUAUAUAAAAAUCUAGUCGCUGCUGAAUAUUUUUGUUAAUUUUUUGAGUUGGGAAAUUGACUAAUCAAAACAUAACAGAAGCAUUUAAGACCUUAUACAAACAUGUUUCAUUCAUGUCCUGCUUUAGAAUUGUACAUGUUUCUGAAUAUAUUUUAUGACAACCACUUUUAGAUUUUGAAAUCCACCUGUGUGUUAGGAAGAGACAGAUCAUUAUGUUGGUCUUUAUUGAUCACCAAUAUGCUCUGUGAUCCUCUGACAUCUGAUAGUGUUACAGCACUAAAUGCAGAUGGAAUAGUCUCCAUUUUGUUUUCUCAGUGGGGGGUCAUGUCCAGCAGUUAUAACAUUGACGUAUGUCCUUUGUUGCUCCAGCUAAGUGGAGUAAGGUUAGUUUAAAGAACUUGUGAUGGGAGUGACAAGUCUAUUCAUAGUUGACACAUUUCUCAGAGUAAAGUCAAGGAAAGGGAAAUAGGGCUGGUCCACAAUGUUUGGCGAACAUGUUUUGAAUAUACAAUACAUCAGACCUUUCUUUCUUUCUUUCACAGUUAUACAUUACAAGUUAAUGUAUUAAGCUUUGGCCAUUGUUUUAAAUUGCCUAUGAUUAUUUACUUCUCUUAACCAUAAGAAAAUAUUAAGUAGUCAUUUGGAGGCAUUAACACUUUUAUUGCCAUAAAUAAAACAUAUUUAUAAUUUUUUCUAAAGUAUUAUAUGCACACACACACACACACACACACACACACACACACACACACACACACACACACACACACACACACACACACACACAAUGAUAGUACUAACAAUAUAACCUGUGUUCAGCACAACUGCAGUUCUAAAAACACUGGGACCCUGUGUACACCUUCAAUAAAGCAUCUCAUCAACCCAUAUAUUCAAAACAGACUUAUUCACCCUAUACCAUCACAGAUGUAGGAAAAAUCAUCUGCUGAUAACAAAAUUCAUGGUCGCUAUUCUCUUUAGUCCACAGGACACGUAUUCCAUGGUUUAUCUGACCACAGAACAGUUUACCAUUUGAAAAGAGCUCCGUCCCAGAGAAAUGGCAGCAUUGCUAGAUUGUGUUCAUACAGGGCUUUCCCUUUGCAUUACACAGCUUUAGGGAUGAUUUGUUGAUUGUAUGGAGAACCGUGUUCAGACAGUGAUGACUAGUAGAGAGUCAUUUCUGUUUAUAAUGCAGUGCUGCUUGCGGAUUUCAGAUUUGAAGUUCAGCCUUGUCCUUUCUACACAGGUAUUUCUCCUGAUUAGCUGAAUAACUUAUACUUUUUAAAAAGUAGUUAGUUAGUCAAAGCAUUUCAAUAAAGAAUUCCAUUCAUUCCAUCAAGCAAUUAAUAAUUUAAUGUUCAACAGAGAACAUUAAGUCAGUCUCUCAAUUUCUGAUUUUAUUAUUGUGGUUUUGUUGUAAGCAAUGAGAGUACUAACAAUACCAGAGGCAGGAGUGGUUAGUUGAUCCAGUCAAAGUCACACAGGCCAUGGUUAUGUGAUGCACCACAAAGAAAUAAAAAAUAUUUUAAGGUAUAAUUUGUUUUUUAUAUGUUAUGUAUGGCCUUUGAUGCUGAAGUUCCACCUCACCUCAAAACUAUACAAAAAGAUGAACUGAGUGCUUCACAUCUUAAUUUCCCCUUCUUCGUACUGUACCUGUUUCCUAGGAUCAUCAUUGUUGUGGUGGUACCUGACUUGGGGCCCUUAACAGUUAAUCCUAAGUGUGCUGUUCAAUGUCAGUGGAACAAGCACUAAUAAGUGAGUAACUAUCAUCAGUAACACUUGUGACACUUGUGGAUUGUUGCCCCACUUGACAGUCAUGUGUGAUGAUGGUCCCAACUCAAAGUACCUCAGAAAAAAGAAAAGAAAAGGACUGAAUCAUCAUAGUAUAUAUACUAGUUGAGAAAAAGUUAUUCCAGCAUCUGCCAGAAGAAAAGAUACAUAACCAUUUAGACUCAAUAGUGGAAUAAAUAUUGAACUUAUGUGAGCAGUGGGAAUUUUUUUUUAAACUGAUUUAUUUUAAGAAUAAGAAUGCCUUUAUUUGUCCCAUAGUAGGGAAACUGCACCUCACAACAGCAACAGGACAGAAAACAGAGAGAAACAAUACAAACACACAUCCAUUAACAGAACAAAUGUAGUUAAUAGUUUUGAUUGUAGAGUCUGACAGCAGCAGGUAGGAAAGAUCUGCAAUAUCUCUCCUUCACACAGCGAGGAUGGAUUAGUCUGUUACUGAAGCUGCUCUCCAGCUAUUUAUUUAUUGAUUUCUACGUCUGAUAUCCUUAACACUGGAAACAUUCAAAUUCAUUUAAAGGCUUAUGAAAGACUGGUGUUCAUUGGUGUUAGCUUUUAUUUCUGGUGUCCUGGUGUGUUAUUUGGCCUCUUUACUUUAUGACACAUUAAGUUGUAUUAUAAAUCCAACCAUCUCUGAAUAGUAGAGUUUGUCAACAUUUGAAGCAUUCUAAAAAGCAAGUUCAACUCAAAUGUUGCCUUCAUUUGUUAAUUGUUCAAUUAGAACAAGCAUUGAAAUAUGUUGAUUUCUGUAAAUACAGUAUUAAAAUAUUGUACAGAUUUUUAGCAUGAUAGCUCUAAAGCUAUCAAAACUAAUCGCUUUAGAACCAGAGUGCGUGUGCUUGCGUGAGCAUAUCUAUACAGGUUUUUACAUGAACAUCUCUCAUCAUAUUUCCACCAGACAGAGUAUGACAGGUUUGAUAGCUGUGUUAAAGGAGGUGUGAGAUUAGCUGUGCUUUGCAACCACAAAAACAACUUGAAUACCUCUGUCUGUAGAAAUGGAGACUUUUUGUUUUUAAAGUGCAGUGUUUAACUGUGUCCAGUCUGCUUCAGCUUCCAUUCGACAGAACUUUCUAUUGACGGAUUAUUCAUUCAGUAAAAAACUGUUUUCAUCCAGCUGUUGACUAUUUGUUGUUUUUAUGUUAAUAUCUAAAACCUAAUCAUCAAUAAUCAUACCGUAAGAAAAGAAGGCCACAUCUAGCAUGGUCUGUGGGACAUAAGAUGGUGCCGUAAUUGUUGACUGUGAUUUUUCCAAAUGGCCAUCAGGAUUCCCUCAUCCCAUUAGCACAGCCAGUGUAUUCCAUUCUAACUGUAGCUUUACAUAUAGUCACUGGUUCUCUUUUGUUGGUAUUUCUGUAGAUUUUCACUACAUUUAUUGUGGGGAGGAAUUUCAGCAGAAGCAAUUUUUACCAGUCACUGGAAAGGUAUACAAAGUGUUUUCUGAUAAGUAUACUGUGGUCAGAAACAACUCCCAACAUAUUGCUCAUCAUUACCUUCAUAAUUACUAGAGGAGCAAUAAACCUUUUGUCAGUACUGUUGACUGUUUUCCCCCAAUAACAUGUCAAGUAAUCAGUCAUUGACACUGAUGCCCUACAGAUUUAUUCUAUUAGUCAGUUUGUGCUAUAGGAACGUUUUUUAAAGUGCUAAUGACCAGUUUUUAAGCCAGACAAGCCACAAGACUUGUGGCUUUAGAGUCUGCUUAUUAGCUCACUUCAGUUUCUCUUUGCCACACUCUUUCGGAAGUGCACGCUUUGCAUGAAUCACAUAGAAAUGAAUAAACAACAAGUUGAUUACUAUUGCACAAAAGUGAAACUUACCCACAAUGAUUAUGUGUUCUGAGCCUUGGGUUAACACACUUUACUACUAUAUCACUAUAACCUAAUAAGCUUUUACUGUACGACUUCUACACAUCAGAUCAACUUACACUGUCUUUCUAUUGAUGCUUCGUUUAGACAAUUAUGAUGUAUUUUGUUCAGUUGUGACUUCUGUGUGACAUACUUACAGGAUACUGUUAUGUAGCACCUUUAAAUGUUAUUAAAAUGAUAGCAAAGUGUUUAGUCAACUAUUCUCAUGCAUAAGACAACAUUUGAUAUUUUGCUUAAGCUGUCAAAAUAUUGAUUUGUUUGCCAAAACGCAAGUGGUCUUGUGAACAUGAUUUUAGGUACUGUAUUUUUUUAGCCAGCUUGCAUUGUGGUAACCACUAUUUACAAUAUACAAUACUUCACGGAAAUGUACAGCUAAACAAAUGAGCUUGUAUUAGGAAUCAUCUCAACCACAAUGUAAAAUGUCUUGUUUGUUUAUUGCAUUACAUGUGUCAUUUGAUCAAUACCAGUUAUUAUUGAUCACUCUGUCACCAAUAAAGUCUGUGUGUUUCAAUGAAAA